AUGUUUGAUUUAUUCAAUGAUGAAAUUUGCAAAUUUUUUCCUUUUGAUCCUUAUGAAAUACAAUUAGAUUUUAUGAGAAUUUUUUAUGAAAUAUUAAAAAAUUCUAAUAUAAAAAUAAAUGAAAAUGUGAAGUUAGUAUAUGAUGUUAUUAAACAAAAUGAAAAUUUACAAAUUAUGUUAAAAAAUGAAAAAAAUAUAAGCAUAAAUAUAUGUAAUGAUAACAACACAAUAACAAAUGAACUUAAUGAAACUUUAGAAAAAGAUAAUAACUCUUAUGAACAUAUUAUUUGUGAAAUGAAAACAGGAUCAGGAAAAUCACUCACUUUGUUAACUUCAGUUAUAUAUUGGUUUUUCAAACAUAAAUUUGAUUUAUUUCUUAUAAAAGAAAGAAUAGAAUUAAAAAAAAACGAACCAGAAUGGAUAAAAGAAAGUGUUAUAGAAAAGUUAAUAGAAAAGUAUAUACACAUUUCAGAAAUAGAAAAAAAAAAAAAAGAUAUAGACAUAAAUAUUUUAAAUAAAUAUUUUUCUUUUUCAUGCGAUAAAAUAACUUUGCGUAAAAAUAUAACUAUAGAAAAAAAAGAAGUUCAAUUAGAAAAAAGUGAAUUCAAUGAAAAUUUUAUAUUAGAAGACAAAGAUAGUGAUAUCAUGAGCGAUUAUUCUAUUGAAGAAGUGAGUAAAAAACAGAUUUUUAUAUGUAGUAGAACACAAUCACAAUUAAAUCAAUAUUUCUGUGAAUUAAAAAAAAUAGAGAACAAAAUAAAAAAUGAAAUUUUUAUAAAUAUGAUUAUAAUUGGAAGUAGAAAACAUUUAUGCAUAAAUGAAAAUUUUUUGAGAAAAUAUAAAAAUGUAAAUGAGUUAAAUGAUUGUUGUAGAAGCAGCCAUUGUAAAUAUAAAGAAAUUUUUAACGAAAAAAUGGUACAAAUUAAAAAAAAAAAAAAAAAAAAGAAAAAAAUUUUUUACGAUUCUUCAUCAAGUAGUGAUAAUCUAGAAUGUGAAGAAGACGGAAAAAUAAAUAAUUAUAAUUUAGUAACAAAGUUAAUAAAUACAAAAAAUGUAAAUAUGAAUCAAAUAAGAGAUAUAUGUAAAAAUGAAAAAAUAGAAAUAUGCCCUUAUUACUUGAGUAAAGAAAAUAUAAAGAAUGCAGAUAUCGUUUUAUUACCAUAUAUAUGUAUAUUAAAUGAAAACAUUAGAAAUAAUUUAAAAAUAAAUAUAAAAGAUAAUAUUGUAAUUUUUGAUGAAUCACAAAAUAUUGUAGAAAAUAUAAAUAACUGUAAUUCUACUUUUAUUGAAAAUCAUCAUAUUCUUUUUUGUAAAUUAAUUUUAAAAGAAUAUAUUAAAAAAUAUAAAAAUGUUUUAAAUAAUAAUAAUAUUAUUAUGAUUAAGCAAAUUACAAUUUAUUGUGAUUUACUUUUAGACUCAUUCAUAUCAAUUGAUGAGAACAUUAUGAAUAUAAGUAAAUUUACCAUUUUAUCUAAAAUAGACGCAUUAAACUUAAAUAACAUCUCUAAUUUUUUAAACAAUUCUCUUUUUUGUAGAAAAAUUAAAAUUUUCGGGGAGUCUUAUAUAAGCAAAAAUUUCAAAAAUUACAAAAAUAAUAGUAUUAUUAAAACAUCUUCAAUUUAUUUAUUAAGCGAAUUUACGAAUAAAUUAAUUAAAUCAAACAAAUAUGACUACAUAUAUUUAAAUAAAAAUGAUAAUGACAUUGAAUACAGUGAUACAGUAAGUGCAAAUGAACAUUUAGGAAAAAAUGAAACAUUUGAAAAUAUGGAUAUUAAAAUACAUAAAAUAGAAAAUUUUGAUAAUAAAAAAAGAAAUAAAUUAAAUGAAAUGUAUGAAGUAGAUACAAAAAAAAAAAAGAAAAAAAAAGAAAUGAAUAACGAUAAUAAUGAAAAAGAAGAAUUAGUUUUAAAAGGUGAAUCGUUUGACAUUUUUCAGAAGUUUUUUGAAGAGUUACUUAUAGUUAGAAAUAAAGAAUUAUUUAGAAAAAUAGAAAUAAUAAGUGUUAGCUCAUGUAAUAAUUUCCAACUCGUAACUAAAAAUUGCAGUAAUGUAAUUUUAAUUGGAGGAACGUUAUAUCCAUUAGAAGAGUUUUUGUUAUUAUUUUUAAAUGAAAAAAAAAAGAAAAUAAAAGUAUUUUCUUCUGAUUACAUUUUUAAAGAAGAAAACAUUUUUUCAAGAAUAAUAAGUACGAAUUUAAUUACAUAUGAACCUAUUGAUAAUACGUUUAAAAAUAGAUUUAACAAAAGGCAUUUAUUAAAUUUAUCAAUACAAAUAUAUAUUUUAACAUUACACGUUAAUUAUGGUAAUAUUAUUUUUUUUCCUUCCUAUAAUUUUUUAAAUACUUUUAUUCAUUUUUUAAAUAAAGAAGGAAAUUAUGUAUUAAAUAAAAUGAAAAAAAAAAAGUAUGUUUUUUUUGAAAAAAAAAAUGAUAAUAACGUUUUAAAUGAUUACAUAGAAAAUAUCGUAAAAAUAAAGCAGCAAGAUGAAAAAUUAAGAAUUAAAAAUGGAUGCAUUCUAUUUUGUGUAAUGAAUGCAAAAUUAAGUGAGGGAAUAAAUUUUCAUAAUGAAUUUUGUAGAAACAUAUUAAUUAUAGGUAUUCCUUUUUUUAAAUAUGAAAGAAAUAAUGAAUCUAAUAAAUUUAUAUUAGAUAAAAACUCCCUUAUUUUAAAUUAUUAUAAAACUUAUUCAAAAGAGAUAAUGAGUGAUGGAGACAAUUCUAAUAAAGAUUCAAAUACAAAUACCAUUUUGAUGUCUGAAGAUAUAUAUAAAAUGUGCAAUACCUAUCAGUUAAAAUAUGCAAUGAAAAUAAUCAACCAGUGUAUAGGAAGGAGUUUACGCCACAUAAAAGAUUUUUCUUCUUUUUUUUUUCUUGAUUAUAGAUUUACAAAAAAGGAAAUAUAUGAUAACUUUCCUUCAUUUAUUAAAACACAUUUAAAUAAUAUUAGAAAUAUUUCUGUUGAUGAAAAAAAAGAAAAUUUUUUAAAAGUAGAAGAAAAUUUUUAUGAAAUCUUCCUAGAUUUUAAAAAUUAUUAUAACAAAAGUUUGUCUAGUUUGCAAUUUGAAGAAUUUAAUAAAAUACAUUUAAAUAAUUUUAUAAGUGAUUUAUAUUAUCUUUAUGAAUUUCACGAAAAAAUGAAAAAUAUAUGA